AUGACGGAUCCGAAUCGAGGACAGUCCUCGCCCUCCUCACCCGAACCAGCGCAUAGAACAAGCCGAUUGCGCCAUCGCAGCCGUCAUCACCAGCAAUCGCAGCCUCAGAGACCCUCCCGCACGGACUCGGAGUCAAGUCAGGGUUAUCCCGUUCGAGAAUCUUCCGCAAGUCAUCACAGAAAUACUCAGCGCCGGCAUCGCCAUCGCCAUCACCAUGGCGUCUCGGGCGACAACCAACCCUACAAGCACAGUCAUCAUCGGUCCAAGGCACAUUACUCCACCUCGCGAAGCCCACUUCGCGGCCGACGUCGACAUUCCUCGCGACACAGAAAACACGAACCAUCCAGCGGCACUCACGACAACCGUAAACGCAACUGGCGCAAGAGGCCAUAUUCCCAUGAUCGCGGUCUCCUCGAUGUUCUGACCGAGCUCGUCGGCCACGGCGAGCAUGGCCCAGAUGUCGCUGCCCUGGCACAACUGGCGGACACCUUUGGCGAGCUCAUCGUGCAAGGUCUUGUCCACAAGCUCGUAGUGGAACUCGAAAACGGUCUGCUAGAGAAGAUGCUCGUGGACUAUCUUAAAGAUCUUGUCAGGAGCUCAGUGAGAAGAGGCCUAGGCAAAGGAGCCCGCAAGACGGCCGGACGGAGCAAACGCGACAGAGAUGGUGAUGAUGAACAGGAUUGGAAGAAAGCUUUGCUGAAAAAGGCUUUUAGGACAGUGGCCAAGAGUUUGACAGAGACGGAGCGGUAG